CUUUGGUAUAUCUCCUAGGUUUUUUCCCUGAUUUUCCUGUGAACAGAGAGGCUGAGCGUGUGCCGUCAUGGCAGAAAAAGUGAACAACUUUCCUCCCCUGCCGAGGUUCAUCCCUUUGAAGCCAUGUUUCUACCAGGACUUCGAUGCGGAGAUCCCACCGCAGCACCGUACCAUGGCCAAGCGGCUUUACUACCUCUGGAUGCUGAACAGCAUCACUUUGGCGGUGAAUCUCGUUGGCUGCCUCGCAUGGCUGAUUGGAGGCGGUGGAGCUGUUAAUUUUGGACUGGCAAUUCUCUGGCUCAUUCUCUUUACGCCCUGCUCCUAUGUCUGCUGGUUUAGACCUAUUUACAAAGCUUUCAAGACAGACAGUUCCUUCAGCUUCAUGGCCUUCUUCUUCACCUUCAUGGCCCAGCUGGUGAUCAGCAUUAUCCAGGCAGUGGGAAUCCCUGGCUGGGGUGUCUGUGGCUGGAUUGCAGCGAUUUCCUUCUUUGGGACCAACGUGGGGUCUGCUGUGGUGAUGCUGAUCCCUACUGUCCUGUUCACUGGGAUGGCAGUCUUCUCCUUCAUCGCUCUCACCAUGGUGCAUAAGUUUUACCGGGGGAGUGGUGGGAGCUUCAGCAAAGCCCAGGAGGAGUGGACUACGGGGGCGUGGAAGAACCCCCACGUCCAGCAGGCAGCUCAGAGUGCAGCAAUGGGGGCAGCCCAGGGGGCCAUGAUGCAGCAUGAGACGCAGUACUCUGCCACCCCGAACUACACCUAUUCCAACGAGAUGUGAGCAGCAGGACUCUGUCCUCAGGGGAAGGAUCGGGGGGUGAAGGGAGGAGGAAGAUGGAG